GUCCGUUGCCGAUUGCUCGACUCGGCUUUUCUUUCGCAGCGGACGCUUUGCCUAUUGGCAGCGGCAUGUAUGGCGCGCGUUUUGCACGUUUUGCACGUUUUUCAUAAUUUUUAAAUUUUCAGCCGUAGUCCAACUCAUUUGAUUUUUAACUGUCAUCGUUAGCGGUAGUUAGUGAUAUUUGAGUUAAUGGCGUUAUUGCAUUGCGUGGAAUAUUAUACUUUCGUGUCGUGCGUUAAUUAAAACUUGUAAUACAAUUGAAAUUAAAACUAAAAUAAAAUUAUAUCUUUGAAUAUUGGAGAACACAAAUAUUACAUAAAUAAAUAAAAUACAUCGUCUAAUUGAUCGUGAUAAUUAAAAUUGGCAAUUUUGUUGUUCAAUUUUUAGUAAAACUUCCUGUGGCAAAAAUAUUAAUCAAAUAUUCACGCAAUAUAUGUCCAUAUUUAUGUAUAUAAAAGAGUAGAAAGCAAUGAAAACUGUCUUACUGUGAUUACAAAUGCUUAAGUAUUCAAAAAUAAAUUUGAGAUAAUUCUAAAAAAUAAAAUAAGAGAACUGUCGUAGCUGAGGUGAUUGAAUGUAUGGUCAUCACCUGCUGGGACGGACUUAUUAUUUAGUAAUAUCAAUCACUAAUCGGAAGAAAAUACCAAACCUUCGAAGCUGUUCGACUAGCGGUCAUGUCGGAGGAACAUCAGCAACAGCAGAAGCAGCAGCAGCAACAACAACAACAACAACAGCACCAACGUCAACAGCUUUUGCAGCAGCAGCAACAGCAGCAAAAAUGCUCAAAGGAAACGGCAAUAUCCAACUCCUCCUCAGCGUCUUGCUCGCCCACGAAUGCCACAUCCACUGCGCCACCGCGCAAGUCGAAUAUUCAUGAGAUGUGCAAUCAAGACUUUGUUAGUCGACUGAUGGCAGCCACGCCUCCCUACUUGUACUCAACGCCAGUGGGUGCUAACAACUUUUUUUUUAGUGACAUGUUGCGCUCUUUGGUGCAGGCGCGCAACAACGAGAAUGCGCGUAAUCUACAGCUGCAGCAGUCGAUGGUGUUGGCGCGAAGGCCGCGAAAACGAACUUGGGCGCAUCAUCGUCCUUACUAUGAACAUUUGCGAGAACGCAAAGAAGCGGAAGAGAAACAGCAACUCCUUACGCAACAACAACAACAACAGUUGAACAACAAUGCUACCGUCUCCGCAGUGGGGUUGGAGAAGCCACUUGAGCUUACAAACAAACCGUAUUUUCACUUAGCCAAUAAGUAUCGCAAAUUAGAAAACGAAUCCAAAGAUGUGACAGAUGUCAAGAUUGUCAAGUGCGAUACUAUCGGUAUUCCAACUCCCGAAGUUGUAGCUGCAACUGCUCUCAAUAAGAGUGGGAAUGAAAGAGGUGGCGCAGCCGAAGCUGUGCUGCAGGACACUCCACCUGCAGCUUCUUUGCCACCACAGGAUUUGGUUUUGCCACCACCGCCACCAGUUUGGUAUCCACCACUCUACCCACCUUACGGCAUCGAUCCACUGCACUUCUUCAUUGAUCUACGCGUCUCAGGUCAUAUUUACGACCGCAAAAAAGAGAAUAUAUCGCCACUCACAAACGUCGACGACAACAAUGCGGCAGCCGAUUCAGAGGCUACCGGUAGUAACUGCUCAAAUGUUAAUUUGUUGAACAAACACCGCCAGGGCUCUGCUUUCACUGUACCUGUGCCACGUUGCAACGACAAUAAACCUGCCGUUGUACAUGCACUUGACGCGAUCAAUUUAACCUCAACCGCCAUGGCUAGUAAGUUCGAAAACUAUACCAAAUACUACGAUCUGGGUGAAGCCAAAGAAAACCAACCCUUAACUAAGAGCAGCGCUAGUUAUAUGUUACAACAGUUACCCCGACUUUAUAGCCAGUUUGCAGCACGAGACCUGAUCGCAUCGAACGUAGCUGCAGCUGUUGGUGGUGGCAAUGCCAAUAGCUUUGACAAUGACAAUAAAUCCGAACCUGAUUGUGAAGACUCCGAUGAACGUGCGUCUGUGGAUAACUGUCCGAGUUUAGUUGGUAAUAAUUGUGAACGUGAUAUCGAUGUUGAAAUUAUCGACUCCAUUAAAUAUCGUACCGAUGGCGACAACAGUCGCUGCUCGAGCGCAGAUGAAGCAUCCAUCACACAAAUUGAUUAGACAGUAAAGUUAUAUGUCUAUGUAUUUUUACUUAAGUAUCAAGUUUAUUAUGUGAAUUUAAGUACAAAAUAAAUUAUUAUAUUAAUAAACGUA